AUGGAUAAUGAUAUGCCUUUUGGCGGAAAAAUGAUGAUUUUAGGAGGGGAUUUUCGUCAAUUACUUCCAGUUCAACCUCGGGCGACUCGAAGUGAAACUGUUAAUCUUUCUAUUAAAUUCAGUUUAUUAUGGAGAGGUUUUCAUCAGUUUUCAUUAACACAAAAUAUGCGAGCAUUACCUGAAGAAAUAGAAUUUGUGAAUUUUUUAUUAAAAAUUGGUAAUGGAACCGUCAAUAAUUUGAAUGAUGAAGUUAGUUUACCAGACUCAUGUUUUACAUCAAAUAAUAAUGAUAUUGUAGAAAAUGUAUACGGUAGGAUAAUCAGAGAAAAAUGUUAUGAUCAACUUACGUCUGCAGUCAUUUUAUCAGCAAGAAAUAUAGAUGUGGAUGAAAUAAAUAAACAAGUCAUAGAACUCUUGGACUCUACAACUGAAAAAAUUUUCACAGCUGUUGACAGUACUGAAAACUGUGAUAACGGAAACAUCGAUGAUAUAAUUUUACCCGAAUACUUAAAUACUUUGAAUCCACCUAAUUUCCCGCCAUAUGAACUGAAAUUACGACAAUUUUCUAUAGUGAUGUUGAUUAUAAAUUUAAACUUAAGCGAAGGACUCUGUGAUGGAACAAGACUAAUAAUACUAGAAUUAGGAGUUAAUGUUUUAAGGUGUAAAAUAUUAUCAGGUGACAGAGCUGGAGAGAUUGUCUUUAUAAACAGGUAA